AUGAGUGUCCAGGUACAAUUCUUGGAAGCUCGACUAGCCGUUAUCUCCGUGCCCCUUGAACACUAUUCACAUGUGUUCCAUGGCAUCGCCAGACUUGCCCUAGGCACCUGGAAAGCCAUUCGAACGGGUGAUUCUGAGCACACACGUGAUAGAGACAAUUUCCGCCACGAUUAUUGCGACUUUGAGGAGGAUUUGAGCGACUACUUCCACAACAUUUCAAUAACCCCCACCGAGUGCUCCAUUAUUUGCCGCGAGGAUCUGAUCCAGCCGGUGUUUGGAGACGAAUAUCUGAGCUCCCUAAAGAAUGUGGCGGUCUUACCCCGUCGGUAUAUGGCUAUUAAAGUUGAUGCUGCAGGCGUCUCGAGCGGGAACGAACGAAUACUGACGUUAAGUUCCUCUCUCAGCGCGGCUGGGAUCCCCAUAUUUUUCAUGAGUACCUACUUCAGUGACUACCUACUUGUGCCCACCGACGUGAAGGAAAAGGUUCGAGAUCUUCUGGAAAAAAACAAUUUUGUAUUCUCGAGCUUGGAAAAUUCGUACAUAGCCCUGCAAAACCGGUCGGACUCGUCGUCGACUUCCAGCCUUAUUCUCAAUGACGACGAAGACGCCCGGCUCGAGGGACCCACAGCCGACAACAAACCCUUGGAAACGUACCAUUUGAAGCCGGCGUUUGACCAGACAGAGUUGCUUAUCACAGGACCGCGCAGCCAGAGCGACCUGGAUCUCAUUGAGUUUGCUGUACUCCGCAUUCUCGCUCGGAGGCCGUGCUAUUUCUCAAUCACGACCUAUGCGGACGAAAUUGCCCUGGUGCUUGAAAAAGAAGAUGCCAGCCUCUUCCCACCCGAUAGUCUAAUGGGCUCGCAGGACGAGCUCUAUAUUCCAGUUACACUAGAUCUCCGACAAGUUCCCGUGGACGUGGUGGGCGUUGUAGCGGAGGUGGCAGCAAAAUUGGAAGGAUGCAAAAUUCCAAUGAGCUUUUUAUCUACGGCUAUGACUAGUACGGUCUUUAUUACGAGGGAAAACGCAGAGCAUGCCAAACGGGUAUGUGGCACGGACUUCCAAUAUUGA